CCCGCGUGCAUUCGCCAUCGAUCUAUCGUUGUUGGAGCAGCGCUACAAGCAGCUGCAGAAGAUGCUGCACCCGGACCUGCAUGGGGGCAGGUCGCAGGAGGAGCGUGAGCUAUCAGCGGAGCAGGCAGCGCAUGUGAUAGACGCCUACUACACGCUCCUCAGACCGCUCUCCCGCGCCAAGUACCUUCUGCGGGCCAGUGGAGUGACAGCAGCAGAGCUGAGUGGGGACAGCCCAGGGAGGGACCAACAGCUUCUCAUGGAGGUGAUGGAGCUGAGGGAGACCAUCGAGGACGCUGACAGCCCUGAGGAGCUUAAGGAGCUGCAGCUGCAGGUGUAUGCGUGGGGGGGUGGGGUUGAGGGGGAGGGAGAGGGGGAAGAGAGGGUGUUGGAAAUGAGGGAGACCAUUGAGGACGCCGACAGCCCUGAGGAGCUGCAGGCGCCACAGUCGCAGGUGGGGACGGGCAACCAUUGGAGUAGGCAGGAGAUGGAUUUGGGAGAGAGGGAGCCGGAAACCCAGGAGAGAAUGGAAGGGCUGUAUGGCAGCUUUGACUCAGCGUUCCGGGGGGGCGAUGUGGGCGCGUGUGUGGGGCUGCUGCACCGCAUGGCCUACUUCCACCGCGUGGCCAAUGAGAUUGACAACCGACUGCACUCCAUGUAG